GCGCGAAGCCCGCGCGCUGCGCGGCCCCGGCGGAAAGUUUUCCCUGACGGAGUUUUGGCGGCGGCGGCCGGAGCGGCCAUGGACGCGCUCAAGUCCGCGGGGCGGGCGCUGAUCCGGAGCCCCAGCCUCGCCAAGCAGAGCUGGGGGGGCGGCGGCCGGCAUCGGAAGCUGCCAGAGAACUGGACGGACACUCGGGAGACGCUGCUUGAGGGGAUGCUCUUCAGCCUCAAGUACCUGGGCAUGACGCUGGUGGAGCAGCCCAAGGGCGAGGAGCUGUCGGCUGCUGCCGUCAAGAGGAUUGUGGCCACGGCAAAGGCCAGCGGGAAGAAGCUGCAGAAAGUGACUCUCAAGGUGUCACCACGGGGGAUUAUCCUGACCGACAACAUCACCAACCAGCUCAUUGAGAACGUGUCCAUUUACAGGAUCUCCUACUGCACAGCAGACAAGAUGCACGACAAAGUGUUUGCGUACAUCGCACAGAGCCAGCACAACGAGAAUCUCGAGUGCCAUGCCUUCCUCUGCACCAAGCGGAAAAUGGCCCAGGCUGUCACCCUCACAGUAGCCCAGGCCUUCAAAGUUGCCUUUGAGUUUUGGCAGGUGUCCAAGGAAGAGAAGGAGAAGAGGGAGAAAGCCAGCCAAGAAGGAGGGGACAUCCUGGGUGGGGGCCUCCGUGACAACACCCCAUCGUUGAAGAGCUUGGUCGCCACUGGGAACCUGCUGGACUUGGAAGAGACGGCCAAGGCCCCGCUGUCCACAGUCAGCGCUAAUACCACUAACAUGGAUGAGGCACCGAGGCCUCAAGCCUUGAACAAUAGCAGCGUUGUCUGGGAGCUGGAUGACGGCCUGGAUGAAGCAUUUUCGAGGCUUGCCCAGUCUCGGACGAACCCUCAGGUCCUGGACACUGGAUUGACAGCACAGGACAUCCAUUACGCCCAGUGCCUCUCACCUGUCGACUGGGACAAGCCUGACAGCAGCGGCGCCGAGCAGGAUGACCUCUUCAGCUUCUGAGGUCCCCGGGGCUGGCGGGACACGUGACAGACCAAAGCCUCUUGUGGCCGGCGGGGGGGGGGGGGGGGCAGCUCCAGGGCCCCCCAACCACCCUAUUCCGGUUGGCAGCACCGUUGGCCUGCAAAUCAAAGCCGCGUCCGGUCAAGCAGAGGGAAAGGAGAAGUUGGUUUUUGGUUUUUUUUUUUUUUGCCACACUCUUAUCCUAAGAACUGAAGGAUGCCUUGAAUAUUUAUUCAGCGACUCCUGGUUCACGUCGGAAGCCAGUUUUGCAUCAGGCACAAGUGCAGUGUUUUAACCAGCUUUCUGCCCUGUCCUGAGAAAGCUCUGCUCUGCUGUGGGUAUCAGGACGGUGACCAAAGCAUUUCUUGUCCCUUCUCUUUUUCUAAGGACCCAAAUUUCCCUGGAGGCGUCCCCACACCUUACAGAAAGCUGUCAUUUUUGAGCACAGGAGGGCCCUGUGGCUUCAGGGGAGCCCCGAGUCUUGUGCCGGGGCCCCAGCAGGUGUGGGCCUGAGCCCCUGGCCCUCCCCGGGCCCUGAGAGACAGAGGGGCAGCCCCUGACCAAAGACAACGCGUAGCUGGCACUUUAAAGCACACACGGCAGGUGUGGCCCCCGGGGGCUCCUCGAUGGUGCUGUUGGCAUAGAGCUUUCUGUCUGGCUGCCCGUAGGUUCCCAGGGUCUGACUGCAACAGUGGAAAUCAUCUCUGUGUGACUGCCCUGUUGGCGUCCCCCGCCCCGCCCCUCCCCCCGUCGAUGAGCGUGUGCCCACUCUCCUGUUUCGUCUGUGCGGGUGUCUCUGAGCCUCAAGUCCCCAUGCUCCCUGGGACAAUGCGUGGAGCCCAACACCUAAACUUGGUCAGGACUAUCUGGUCGCCGUUUUACAGGCAAGGAAAUGGGCCCCAAACGUGGAAGGGGUGGAGCGCACACUAGAACCAGAUCCCAUGCCAAAGUUGCCUUCUCACCCUCCCUUCUCCCAGCUUGCACCUCCUUUCUGGUUUUGUUGCCCUCCCAGGAACCAAAAAGCCCAGCUAUUUUCUGACCAAAAUGUGUUUCAUAACAAACCAUCUGGUGCCUUUCCACACAGAACUGGCUUGAGCCUCUGUGCCCUGCUAGCUGUCUGGCUGCCGACUUCCGUGCAAAUGGAAGUACUGAUGCUAAUUUGGAGGGUGAAACAAAACCAAACUCUGGAAGCGUCACCCUCUUCCUGACUCUCACCCCUGGGUCGGGACAUGUCAGCAGCAGUCUGUCCUCAGUCUCCCUUCCUCCCCCCCCCCCCCCCCCCACGUCACCCCUCAGGGCGCCCAUCAGAGCUGCCAGAGUCUUCUCCACCCAGAGGUGCCUCCCAGGCCUGGCUUUGCUAAGCUCAAGUCACUGAUCACAGUUCGAGCAGGUUUCACCAGCCCAGGAGACACACACACCAUUUCUCAGAAUCUGCUUGUCCAAGCACUUGAAUCAGCACAAAGACAGAAGGGCCUGGGCAAGGAGUGGGGUGGCACUUGUAGAGUCUAUAAGAAUAUGGGGUCAUUUCUUUCCCUGCCCAGCUCUUGCACCUUGCUGCCCACCCCAGACCUCCUUGGUAUUGGCCCCUGGAUUUGUUACGCGGCAGCACGUGUUGGGCCUGACAAGCUGUCCCUGGCAGGAGGAUCUGGGAGCCCCAAGAGAGGCCAUGCUUGAGAGAGAGAGAGAGAGAGAGAGUGUGUGUGUGUGUGUGUGUGUGUGUGUGUGUGUGUGAGAGAGAGAGAGAGAGAGAGAGACUUGAGCUUCACAGUGGUCUUUGGCUGAUAAGCCUUUGGGUAUGCUCCAGUGUGUCUGCAGAUAAGUCUUAUGCUUUACUUUGUGUUGCUGUUAAAGUUGUUCUAAUGAGGAAAAGAAUAAGUAAUAAAGGUUCUCUUUUUGAAAUACAAA